CGACGGAUCACAGCACACCGUCUUCUCAACCGCCUAGCACCACCGAAACAACCAACAAGUUGCUAUGAUGCGAGCUGGUGCUGCUGUGGCUGUGGCGGUGGCCACGCUGCUGGUCUACUGCAGCGCUGACCCACACCAGGAACAAGAUCUAAGAGUUGGUGGACAUAGCUCCGGAGAUCGUUAUGACGAUUUCAGACAGAAAGAAGACUUUGAGGAUCUUUUGAGGUUACUCAUUCAAUACGAUACCAAAAUAGAAAAUAGGAAUUCGGGUAUCGGUGGAACAUUACCUGGUAGAAACCCUAAUACUUACGAAAACAGGUUCCUUGGAAGAGGUUACCCAGUUUCAGAGAGAGAUAUGGCAGAUAAGACACGAUACGCGAGAUAUAUCGAUUCUCUUGGGGGUGGGAAUUUCGUUCGCACUCUUGACUCCAUAGGAGGAGGAAAUUUCGUGAGGAAUUUGGAUUCCCUUGGUGGAGCUAACUUUGUUAAGCGGACCUUAGAUUCAAUUGGUGGAGCAAAUUUCGUAAAGAGAACGUUGGAUUCUAUCGGUGGAGCUAACUUUGUCAAGAGGACCUUGGAUUCUAUUGGCGGACCCAAUUUAGUGAAGAGAUACCUGGACUCAUUGGGCGGUGGCAAUUUCGUCCGACGACAGGUCGAUUCUCUGGGUGGUGGAAAUUUUGUUUAAACUCCUCUACUUACAAUUACGUAAUAGUUUUAUUCUAUUCAGAAAAUCCUACAUUGUCACCAAUUGUGUUGUAAACAAAUCUACUUAACAAAAUCAAAUAAGUACACAGGAUAAAUCCUUGCGAAGUUUUGUGUGCGUACCCCAGAAUUGGUAACAAUAUAGCGAUAUCAUAAUAUUAAUAAGCAAGUUCAAUAUUUUUGGUGUCCUUUACCUUUACGUGUUAUGAAAUAAAUUUCAAGCAAAUUAGAAACCAAGUCUUGGUUGUAUUUUUAUUUCACCCGCAUCCUAUAAUCCACUUAGGAGAAAUCCCAAACUCGUGCUGCCGUAUAAAACUAUUACGGCAACGCUAUCAUAAUUUCCUUGCAUUAUGUUAAUGCUAACGAUAUAUCACGGCAACACGUUAUGAGAUGCACGUAAAAGACGACCCCAAUAAAAGACGACCUUCACCCAUAUGUUUAUUAAAUGAUUUUUUUAUGAAAAUAUUGUCCAAAGGUUAUGUUGGUUAAGGUUUUAUCCCAUCACAACUCUGGAGCAGGCAAGUAUAACAGGUAAAUCGAUCAGUGUCGUAGCUUGCCUUGAAGGGGCCCUGUAUCAAAAUUAAUUGGGGGGCAAUAAGUAGAUGCCGAAAAAUCUCUUUAGUUUUAGAUUUACCUCUAACUCUAUCACCACAAAUUAAAAUUGGUGCCAAAAUGUUUGUUGUGUCGUACUACUUUUUUUUGAUAUAGUGGAGAAACAUUGAAAUAAACAAAGAAAAUAGUUAAUUUCUAAUUUACUAAAAUUUGUAGGUAAAACCCGAGAAAAAAGAUUGCUCUUUUGUAAUUUCUGGAUUGAAACUCUAUACGCAGUAUUUUAUGUUUAUUUUUUCGGGAAGCACCAUAUUUAAGUGAGAUUGUGGAUUAAAUUUUACUAAUUUUUGUUUUCACAAAUAAGAUACGGGGCCCCUGUAAACUGGGGGCCCCAUCAUUGAUACGGGUGAUACGGCGGUAGCUACGCCCUUGAAAUCGAUACUAGUAACUAGCAUCGAUUAAGUUAUAGUCGAUAAUGAAUAAUCCAUACUAAUCGAGCGAGCGACAGUAUGAAGCUUUGAUAUUACUCGUAUAGAAUAUGCAAACGUUAAGUUAGUUAAGACUUUAUCCCGUCACAACUCUUGUAUAGGCAGGAAAUGAUAAUUUUAUACCAUAGAUAGUAUACGUCCCUACAAAAUCACCGCAAAAAAUGAUCCGAAUUUAGCUACACCACUGAGCGCACACAUACGAAAUCUUGUCUUUAAUUCUAUUAUAUAUAUCUAUAUAUAGUUUUUACACUUCCUGAAUACAUUGUAGACGAUAUUUAGGUAAAAUUUGUUAAAAUAACGUUCAUAGUUUAAUAAGCGACUGAAUGAAAUUUAGUAAAUUUUCCACAUCAGUAAAUUGUCCGCAUCAGUUAAUGCGCUAGUGCCCUAUCUCUAGUAUAAAAUAUCAUUAUAGGCAGAUAUAACAGGUAAAUCAAUACUAUAGAUAUAAAAUUUUUCAUCCAAUGAACAGAUGGGUGAAGGCCGUUUCUAAUUCGGCUCUUAGACUAAUAUUAUUAUAAUAUGUUCAACAAAUAGAGGAAAAGAGGUAAGAUCUUUCAUUUUAUGUGAAUGUAAAUUAGUUGAUUCAUUGGUUUUUUUUUCAAAUGAAAAUAAUAUGUUUACG